AUGAGUGUUAUUAUCUAUUGUUUCACUUUAAUAUCAUUGCUUACAUUCGAAACUAAUGCUUAUCGAGGUGAUUUUAUGACUAGUGUAAGAGAUGGUUACAAUCGAUAUGAUCCAGAUUCAACACUCAAUGGCUUUUUUCCAUUUUGGGGUGUUGUUCUUUUAUUACUCUCAUUUAUAUUUCUCUUGGUUGCUGGUCUUGGUCUUGUCGGUUAUUUAGUUGGUUGUCGAUCACCACCAGAAAGUCUUCGUCAACAACUUAAUCCAGCAACUUUUUAUGCUUGA